AUGUCAAUUGACCAUUCUUCUCCAGUUGAAAGCCCUGCAGGAUACACUGCUGCGAAACGGUCCUUAUUGGUCUGGUCUGUUCCGAUCAUUUGCCGAGCAUUCCUUGAGACACCUUUGGAUCCUGAACAAUGGUUUCAUCUGCGAUCGAUGGAAAGUGAUAUAGAGUUAAAGUUCUUGCAGUUUGGGAUGGCCAUGGCCCGGUCCCUAAAGUCAAUUGCAGAUGAAGGCUGGGAGAAGGUCAAAGGGGGUAAACCGAAAAAUCACAUUGACAAUAUCGGCAGUGGUCGCAACGCUUCCAAGUUUGCGGGCCACCUUGAGACCCUUAUACUCCACAGUGGAGUUGAGCAAACGACACGUUGGCAAAGGUUUAUCAAUGAGAAUUUUAAUCACCCUGACAUCCAAACGAUUAUGGGCAACGAAGAGACAUUGAAGAAAUUUAAGCAGAGCCUUCCUCAUUGGAAGCAAAGCUUUGCAAACACCGUGGCAAUCUCUCCCCUUCUGCUUAUUAUGGGACAAGGCAUGGGUCAGACGUUAAAUACGUCCCUUGCUUUGCAAGUCAGUGGAAGGCUGUCUUCGAUUGGAAAACCAGACCUCAUCGUACGAGUUGAGGAACUCCUUUGGCGUUGCAUUAUUGGUAUCGCUUGGGGUUCUUGGACAAGCGAGGUUGGAUUAACGGACUUCCUCGAAGCAAUCAGUCCACUAAUCAACAAUAUGAAACCUUUGAGGGAGAAGCAAUCAGGUGCCACACCUUGGGAUGAAUUUGAUGGGGAGGACACAUGGUUCGAGCAUGCUAUUCACUUUAUCCGGCAGAAUGAUGUCGCAGGUUUGGGUGCGAGGGUGGGUGCUGAGAUGAUCGAAUGGCUCAGGAAAAGCAGGAAGGGCUGGAUUAAGUGA